CAUGUGGUAAAGAAGUUGGUUUUCUUUCAAAUAAUUUGAUUGCUAAGAAACGCUUAAUUAUAAGUCCAUUAUCGAUACAAAUGUAUAAUUUAACUGUAACAAAUAUAGUUAUAUUACGAUUGUUAGAAGAAACCACCCUGCAUGCUAUUGAUAUUUAGAGGUUUUUUUCUGAACUACAUAAGACAAUAAAAUGUGAUACAAUCAGUUUUAAAAAUCGCUUCUAAGAACUGUAUGUUUAAUUAUUACAUGCACAGUAAAACGUCUAUUUAAAAUUGUAAACAAUAGCAAUUUGUAUUUUAUACAUUUUAGAGAGAUAUUGUCACUGGAAAUUUUGUGUCACGUUUGUAUAUAUUCAGUAUAAAAGGGUAUAUCAAGUCAUUUUAGAUUUCAGUUAGGCCAACAUUAGGCUCCGAUUGAAAUGGAACUGUUAAGUUUUGUAGUGUGCUUUGGGCUGAUUGGAGUAGCAUUGGCCAAAUCAGAAGAAUGUGGAAAGAUAUAUAGUUUAGAAGUAUCAAAUGAUGACGAAAAGCUAAUCCUCAACAAGCAUAAUGAACUUCGCAAACUUAUUGCCAGGGGAAAGAUUCCGGGACAACCAAGAGGAGUUAAUUUGAAAAAAAUGAAAUAUGAUUCCUUACUGGCAGCUGAGGCACAAAUAAUAGCGAAUUCUUGUAUAUUUGCCCAUCAAACUGUAGUUGAUGGCAGAUGGCAUGCUGUUGGGCAGAAUCUAUAUAUUUCCUAUUCUACUGGAUAUGAUCCAAAACCAGACUGGUCAGCAGCUAUUCAAGCGUGGUUUGAUGAACAUAAAAUUUACACUUACGGGAGCAGAUUUUCAAAAAGUACAGGGCACUAUACUCAGAUGGUUUGGGCUAAAACAGAGUAUGUAGGUUGCGGAUACGUCUAUUUCAGUGGAAACGAUUUUUGGAAAUAUAAGAAAUUAUAUGUCUGUAAUUAUGGCCCAGCAGGAAACUACAUUGGCGAACAACCAUACCAAACAGGAUCUUCAGGCUGCGAAGAUUUAUGCGUAACUAAAGUUAUCGUUAACACCAAUAAACCUCUAUACAAAAUAAUACAUAAAAUAUACCUAACUAUAGAGAAAAAACUAAAUAAGAGUGUCCCAAAAAAGUUUUGCUUUGUAAUAAUAAGAAAUUUUAAUAUCUUAUUACCCAAGAAAAUGAAUUAUCUAUUUGUCACUAUAAUUCUGAUAGCUGUAUAUUUUAAAUUAGGAUCAGGAGCUGGAAGAAUAAUUGCAUAUGGAGUCUCACAAGCUGAGCAGAAUGCAAUUGUCAAUAUUCACAACAAUUUCAGAAAACGAAUAGCAAGUGGUUCUGUUCCUGGUCAACCGAAAGGCAUCAAUCUUCGCCGAUUGCGUUAUGAUCACAAACUUGCUCUAGAAGCACAGAAAAUAGCAAAUACAACCGUUUUUCGACACGUUGGGGUUAAAGACAGUAGAUUUUCCGUUGGUCAAAAUUUAUAUAAAACGUCUUCAACGGCAGCUGGUGGUUCUUCAAAUUGGAACGGAGCUAUAACAGGGUGGUUUAACGAAUAUAAGUCUUAUAAGUUUGUUAAAUGCUGCGCUGGUUAUGAGAAGACUGGACACUAUACUCAAGUUGUUUGGGCCACAACUCAAUACGUUGGUUGCGGUUACGCAUACUACUACGAAGCCGGAAAGUAUCCUUACAAUAAGUUCUACGUCUGUAAUUAUGGUCCAGCUGGCAAUAUUGGAGGCUCAUACCCAUACAAAACUGGUAGUUCGGGAUGUCCAAACCUGUGUUGAAGCGAAUUAUACUUAUAUGAAUGUGUUUUUUUAUUCGUAUUAUAUACAUUUUAAGUAAAUAUAUGUAUUUUUGUUUAAA